UGAAACCUAAACUUAAAUGCUCUUUGCCUCACACAUGCACGCCAUUUUGCAAUACUGAACUAGAACAUGUUGACUGCUAUGUAACGAAAAAUGCUUUUUAUUAAUACUCAAUGUAGUUUGUUUAUUAGUUUUAUUUAGUAAAUUAGUCGGAUUUGUAAAUUUGAGAUAUCGAAAUGGAUAUGCCAGAAGUAAAAGCGUUCAACGCGGAGUUAUCCGGGUUGUAUGAAAACAAGCCACCAAUUUCGAAAGCUAAGAUGAGCGCUAUCACUAAAGGUGCUAUAAAGGCGAUUAAAUUUUACAAGCAUGUAGUUCACAGUGUAGAAAAAUUCAUUCAGAAGUGUAAAGCGGAAUACAAAGUUCCCGGUCUGUACGUGAUAGAUUCUAUCGUGCGGCAGUCGAGGCACCAAUUCGGCCAAGAUAAAGAUGUUUUCGCUCCUCGAUUUGCGAAAAACAUGCAGCAAACAUUUGCCAACCUUUUCAGAUGUCCACCAGAAGAUAAGCGCAAUAUAAUCCGCGUAUUAAACCUCUGGCAGAAGAAUAAUGUGUUUGGCCCUGAUGUCAUUCAACCACUGAUGGACAUGGCGGACCCCAACCAUCCGCUGCACCAGGAGAUAAUGCUGCAACAAAACAACACCGCAAAUGGGAGCAGCUUAAAUAUAAGCCACAACACAACAAGUCUGGGAGAGGGUAAGCUGUCCCCCCCACAGCAUACGCCACGCGCCACCACUCCUCCGCCCCCACCCGACCAGGAGCAGGCCGCGCCCGGCGUCAAGUUCAACCGCAAGCUGCUCAACGACUUCGAGUACGAGAGCGAGGACGAGGCGGCCGGCGCGGAGCCCCACCCCGCGCACCCGCCGCACGCCGCCCACAACCACCACGCGCAGAUGCAGAUGAUGACCGGCCUGCAGGCGCCCACGCAGGCGGCGGGCGCGGCGGGCGCUGCCGGCGCUCCGGGCGCGCACGAGGCGGCCCCGCGCCCCGAGGGCAAGGACGACGCCGCCAACGAGUCAGACAUCGAGUUCGUGGAGACUGGUCCGCAGGUCAUCGAGAUCCCCGACGCCAACGACUCCAGGAGCCCCUCUCCGCGCGCGCGCCGCCAUCGCUCGCGCUCCAAGUCGCCGCGCCGCCGCCGCCGCUCCCGCUCCCGCUCCCGCUCGCCGCGCCGCCGCCGCGACCGCGACCGCGACCGCGACAGGGAUCGAGACAGAGACAGGGAGAAGAGUCACAAGGAAAGAGAAGCGGAGAAAGAGAAGCAACGUGAGAGAGAAAAGAAAGGUUUACCACCGAUCAAGAAGGAAAAUCUCAGCGUUUGCAGCACGACGCUGUGGGUGGGCCACCUGUCCAAGCUGGCCACGCCCGAGGAGCUGUCGGACCUGUUCGGCGGCGUGGGUGGAGUGCACUCCAUCGACGUGGUGGCGCCGCGGGGCUGCGCCUUCGUCGUCAUGGAGCGCCGCCGCGACGCCGCCAAGGCGCUCGCCACGCUCAACCGACACAAGCUGCACUCCAAGGAGAUCACAGUGGCCUGGGCGGCGGGCAAGGGCGUGAAGGGGCGCGAGUGGAAGGACUACUGGGAGGCGGACCUGGGCGUGGCCUAUCUGCCCUGGGAGGCCCUGCACCAGCGCUGGCUGCUCGGUGCGCUCUCGCUCGACGCGCUCGAGGACGGCGGCGCCGUCGACGAAGAGACGCUGCCGCCCUGGCUGCCGCCGCGGAUCAUCCCUAAGGCCAUGAUGGAUGGGCUGCCGCUCCUGAGCGCGCUGGCGCCGGCCGGGCCUAUGGCCGCGCGCGCAGCUCUGCCCGCGUUGCCCGCCGCGCCGCUGCCCGCCUCGCUGCCCGUCGUGCCGCGCAUGCCGCCGCCCGGGAUGACUGCCGGCAUGCCCCCCGGCUUCGCGGCCACCAUGCCGCCCGGUAUGCGCCCGCCCGGCUUGCCCGCCGGAGUGCCCGCCGGAGUGCCAGGCCUGGCACGUGACGCCCCGCUGCUCGGCUUCCCGCCCGCGCUGCCGCAGCCCGGUAUGGUGGGCGGCUUCCUGGGCGGGCUGGUGGGCGCGCACGUGGGCGGGCUGGUGCUGCCGCUGCACCCGCACGGGCCGCCGCACCGCCAGCCGCCGCCCGCGCACCCCGCGCUCGACACCGCGCCCGCCGCCGAGUCCGCCGCGGAGUCCGCUGACACCGCUCCCGACGACGCCAUGGAGCUGGAUCCCGAGGAGCCGCCGCCGGAGCCCGCCCUGCUGCCCGACCAGAUCCAGGCGCUGAUGUCGAAGCCGCCGCCCAACUUCCAGACGUCGGAGCCACCGCCGCCGCGCCCGCCGCCCGACCCCGCCUUCGACUCCUUCGACGCCUCGCAGCCGCCGCCCGACGAACGCCGCGACCGAGACCGCGACCGCGACAAGGACCGCCGCGACCGCGACCGCGAUCGCGACCGCCGCGACAGGCGUGACCGCGACCGCGCCCCCCGCGACCGCGACCGCGCCCCCCGCGACCGCGACAGGGAAAGAGAGGAAAGAAGAGAUCGUGACCGGGAACGUGGACGUGACGCGCGAGAGAGUCGCGAGCGACGCGACCGCGACCGCGACCGGGAGCGCGAGCGCGCCUGCGCCGGCGCCGGCGGAGAUCGCAGCCGGGAGAAGUCUCCGCGAGCGAGCGGCGGCGGUGCGGACGCCGAGAAGAGUCUGCAGGAGAGGCUGUGGGAGAUGGCCAACGGCGGACCAGAGCGCCGCGACCCGCGCGACACCCCGCACCCCCCGCACCCACCGCACCCGCCGCACCCGCCGCACCACGAGACCCCCGCGCCCGACGGAGAUGGCGCGGAGGCGGGCGAGGAGGCGGGCGGCGCGGCGAGCGGCGCGGCGGGCGGCGAGGCGGGCGGCGCGUGGCCGGCGCGCAUGCCGCCUCCUUUCCGCGCAGGGCCCUGGAUGGAAGUGCAAGGGCAGCCUUUCGGUCCUCGUUUCAAUGGAAUGGGGCCAUCUCUCUUUAAUAGACCUCCGUUUGAGAGACCCUCGUUCGAUGGUGGGCCGAUAUUUGAACCGCGUUUCGAGAGGCCUCCUUUCUCUCGUAUGCCCUUCGACAUGAACAGACCUAGGCUUCCAUUCGAAGGCGCCAGGCCGCCCUUCGAUGGCUCGCGACCGCCCUUUGACGGUCCCAGGCCUCCGUUUGAUGGACAUAGGCCGCCUUUCGACGGACCGAGACAACAUUUCGAUGGCCUUAGACCACCGUUCGAUGGACCCGGGCCGGCGUUCGAUGGCCCUUCUAGAAAGUUUGACGGAGACAGACCUUUCGAUGGUCCCAGAUUUGACGGUCCCGCAGAAUAUUUCGACAGGAGCGGUAGAUUUGAAGAUAGAGAACAAUUUAACGAUAGAGCUUGGAAUGGAGAAAGAGAUAGGGACAGAGAUUGGAACAGGAGAAACGAAUGGGACGAUCGAAGAAAGGAGCGCAGAAGUAGAGAGCGCGAAGAUAGAUUCAGAGAUAGGAGCGAUAGGAGAAGAACGAUUGAGGAGAAACCUAGACUAUCGCGAGACGAGAGGAGUUCCAGGCGAGACAAGGACAGGAAAUCCAGAUGGGGCGCGGCAGAAGACGUCGUCCCGACCGAACGGCGUCAGCGCGCCGACACCUCGCUGCCGGAGGACGCCCAGGGCGACGCCCCGGCCCCGGCCCCGCCCACCGCGCCCCACGGCGGCGACCUGCCCGACCAGCCCGACCUGCCCGACCUGCCCGCCGGCGUUCCCCAGCCGAGUGAACGCGACGGCGGACCUGCACAGGUGGAUAAAGACGCAGAAAAGCUCGUUUUGUGCACACACGACGCCGCCGACGACACCCGCGCUGCUGGCGCUGACGACACUCCCGCCCUCACAAACACUCCCGCACACCUCUACGACGCGAUCGACGCAGUUGACACCGACUUUGCUAAUCCCCCGCCGGGUGAGGCCUCCCACACUGCGCACGUCUCGCCCGCCGCGCCUGACGCGACCGCCACGCCCGCCGCGCCCACCGCGCCCGCCGCGCCCGCCGCGCCCGCCUCGCCCGCCACACCCGCCGCGCCCGCCGCGCCCCCCGCAUCCGAGGCAGAAGCACCGUCGCCCGCCCCGGCCCCCGAGCCGACGCCCGACUCGCCGCUUAGUUCGAAUUCGGUCGAUAUGUUUAAUACAAAGGUCGGCUCUUCUAGUAUUCAAAAUGAAAUAGAGAAGGAAGCUCAGAAUGCCGAGAUGCUGGACGGGAUUGCUUGA